CAAACCUCUUCAAGCAAACUUGUGAAGAUAGGUUGCUCCCGAAAAAAAAACAGUCCAACAGGAAUGUCUGAAGUUAAUCCACUCAGUAUCCACCUGGCAUCCAAACCUUGUAGUUUCAUCCAAAACCUGAGAUGCUCCUUGGCAACCCUGCAGAUCCACUGCUCUGCCCCGGGGUGCCAGGCACACAGUUUGGGAAUCAUAGGCAUAAAAAUCAUGAAUGCAAAGACUGCAGAAAGUCUUGCUAAAUCAGCACAGCACAAAUCUGUGCCAGGUCUCUUUGAAAGAUUCCACUAAAAGCAGAUACACCAAGGACCCUUCAUCCAGCAACUCCAACCCACAAACAAUCCCCAGACAAGAAUCAAGCUCAAGCUGUUUGGCCACUCAGGGUCCAGGCAAACAACAUUGGUGGAGUCUCUCAAGUGUGGGCUGCUCAUGGGAGCUUUUUCAGGGCACUGGCCAGGCUCUUCUCAGAAAUUCCAUCUGGUUCUCACCUUUCUCUUCUUGGCUGUUAAACCAACAGCCCAAGAGUCCAUUAGAACAAGAGAGAACACAAAAGCAGACCUCCUACCCAUGUGUGAAAUUCUGCCCUGUGACCAGUGAUAUUUCAAGCCAGUGGAGAAAGGACAGCCCACUUGGAGCAGGAAUUAAGUGUAGGCCCCCUGGGUUUGAUAUGAAAGAUGAAAAUAAAAUGACAAUGAGUGAGCCCCAAAGGGCAGAAACACUCAGUGCAGGCACAUUGGAAGAGCUGGUGGACCACUUGGUGCCUGCCCAGCUGAUGGGGGAACCCUUCUUCAUCCCCACCUUUCUGUCCAGCUACAGAAGGUUUAGCAACCCCCAGCAGGUACUGGACCUGCUUUUCAAAAGGUUUCGCGGGUGUGAAGCCCUUCUGGACUCCUGUAAAGAUGCUGAAAUCCUUCCCUAUUCCAGCGAGAAUGUCAUCCCACAAGACCAGCUCAGAAAAGUGGACAAACAAGCUUACCUUCCCAGCAACAUCAUGGAAUUACUUUGUGUCCACAUUCAUACCAGCAUUUGCUAUUAUAUGCUGAAAAUUAAUUAUGAAAAAAUACCCUUUAUUCAGACUUUGUUGGACGUGGGUAACUGCAACCGUAGUCAGGACACGGGGGAUGCAGAUCUUUCAUCAGGCCAAAAUCUUUAUGAAGACGUGAAGCCAACCCAAUCUUCAGCUGUGGUUCCCUGCCUAACAGGAGAAACAACAUCAUAUUCAUUGAGUGAGCCAGCUCCAUGUGUGGCUCUGGCGCCUGGCCCCAUUGGGGCCAAUGACUCUAGUUCUGAGUUGGAGCCCAAAUCGGAAUUUGGGCAAAUCCCAUUUUCGGUGCCAAGCCCAGCAGGAGAAUUAGCAUCAGCUUCACGGCUGGAGCCAUCUCCACCUGUGGCUCUAGUGUCCAGCUCAGCAGAAGAAUCUUCAGCUAGCUUAUUCCUAGAGCCUACUCCAUCUGAGGCUCUAGAGACCAGCUCAGCAGGAAAACCAUCAUUAGCUAGGUCAGACCUAGAGCCUAUGCCCCUUGUGGCUUUGGUGCCCAUGGCAGCAGGAGAACCAUCAUCAGAUCCUUUAGACCUAGAGCCUACUCCAUCUGUGGCUCUUGAGCCCAGCUCAGCAGGAGAACCAACCCCAUGUAUAGAUCUUGUACAAAAAUCAGCUCUAGAACCUGCUCUUGAGCUUGAGGCAGUCCCUGUUGCGGGUCAAGAGCCUAAGCCACAUGAGGAACCAACUCCAGAGCUUGAGACAGCAGUCCCAGCUUCCACUGAUUCUGAGCCUGAUGAAGCAUUAGAUUCCUCAGGAGAUGCUUCCAGUCUUCCAUGCGCAACCUCACAGAACUGGAUGAACAAGGAGAAGCUUGAUAUCUUGGCUUUUCCUCCUGAUCUGGUGGCAGAGCAACUCACCAUGAUGGAUGCGGAGCUAUUCAAAAACGUAGUGCCCUACCAGUGUCUGGGCUCUAUCUGGUCCAAGAGUGAUACAAAGGCCAAGGAGCACGUAGCCCCAUCCAUCUGGGCCAGCAUCACACAUUUCAACAAUGUAUCCUCCUGUGUAAUAACAAGCUGCCUUGGGGAUGACAGCACAAAAGCAUCAGAGAGAGCCCUUUUGGUUCAGCACUGGAUCCGGGUAGCCUGGGAAUGCCGAAUCCUGAGGAACUUCUCCUCCCUGUUUGCCAUCAUCUCUGCCCUGCAGAGUUCUUCCAUCCAUCGCCUGAAGAAGACAUGGGAAAAGGUUUCCAGAGACAGCUUCAGAAGAUUCCAGAAACUUUCAGAAAUAAUUUCUCCUGAAAAUAACCACUGCAGGUGCCGAGAGCUGCUAUUCAAGGAGACUUCCAAGUUUUCCACCAAGGUGAAGAAGGCCAAGAGAGGUCUGAGGCAGUCAAAGGAGAUGGUUACGGUCAAGGGCACUAUUCCCUACCUGGGAACAUUCCUGAAGGACCUGGUCAUGAUUGACACUGCUUUUCAAGAUUUCCUGGAUGAGGGAAUAAUUAACUUCCACAAGUUGAGGAAGGAAUACGAUGUGAUGGAGCAGGUGAGGCAGCUGCAGUCCACCUGCAGUUACUAUAACAUUGUACGAGAGGCACACUUUGUUGCUUGGUUCCAGGGCCUAGAGCGGCUUAGCGAGAAGGCCAGUUAUGAACUUUCCUGUGCUCUGGAGCCCCGGACCCAGACCAACAACAAGAGCAUUACUGCCAAGAAGCACUUAGACAUUGGCAAGGCCUGGAAGAGCCACCAGACCCAGAGAACUGACCUCAGUAGCAGUGGCAGCUCCCAGCGCAUGCCAUUGGACCAGGCCAAGUGUGGCCCUGGCAACAGCAGUGGGGACAUGACAGAAGUGCCCUCAGACAACAACAUGAAGCCGCCUGUCUCAUCAAGUUCCAACAUGGACCUCAACAGGAGCCUCACAGACGAAUCCUCCAAAGUCCUGGAAAAGGUCAAGGAAUCAACCUCCCCCUCAUCUCCAGGAACUUCAGAGACCUCCUUGUCUUCCACCACCACCUUCACACCCUCAGUCACUACCAAAUCUGGGGCUAAGAGAGGCAACAUCAAGAGCCCUGCAUCUGAGGUCAGAAGUAAGAGCUCCACCAUGCCUCUAUAUAACAAGCAGGUUGGAGAUUCCUGUGUCAUUAGGGUGAGCCUACAAGAGGACACAGGAAAUGUAUACAAAAGUAUCCUGGUAACAAGCCAGGAGAAGACCCAGGAUAUCAUCCUUAAGGCCAUAAAGAAACAUUUCCUGCACGGUUACCAGCCAGAGCACUUGGAACUGGUCCAGAUCAUAUCAGAGGAUAAAAAGCUGAGAAUCCCUGGGGAUGCUAAUCUUUUCUAUGCGAUGAACAGCAUGGCAAAAUACAAUUUUAUGCUGCAGAAGUUGACCUACUCCGGAGGAACAGUCAAGCAUGGAGCCAGGUCCACCCUACCUGAAGAGAAAGGAUUGAAAAAUUGA